CUUUUUUUUGAAAAAGGGUUUUUAUUUCUAAGCUUAGAAAGAGAGGAAUCAGAAUGAUGACCACUUUCAUCGAAAGGUCGGUUUCUUUUGAUGAUAAAGAAAGUUUUUUUUUUUUUUUUUAACAAAGGUAAUUGAUAGCUAAAGACCCCUCAUGCUUUGGUCCGCGUGCUUUGAUGGAAAAUAAACUGACCCCUCUUGUUUUUUUCUUUAUAUUCUUCCUUAUAAUUUGCAAAAAUUGAAAAAAAGAAGAAAGGAAUUUGCUUUGAUGGGGUGUUGAUGGAGAGUAAGGCCCACUUAGAUUGCAGAGAGAAAGACCCUUUUUGCAGGGUGGGUUUUUGUUCUUUGGUUUUGGAUUAUUUGGGCAUGCUCUCUCCGUCCAAUUAGAUUGUUUUCUUGCAUAAUAACUUAGAUUCUCUCUUUGGUCUUUUAUUCUCCAAGAAAAUGUUGUCAUGUUCUGUAGUAUGUUUUCAUUCCUCUUAAGAAUCAUUCCCUUGACUUGGAAUGUGGGUUGGCAGUUUUGUUAGUUUGAACUAACAAAGAUGUCAUCUUGUUGACUUGCUGAUUGGUGGGUAGUGGGAGUUUUUUUUGGAAAGAUGGGUUCUUUGGUUUUGGUUUUGGGGUUGAUGUAAAGGAAAUCACAGAGGUUUUUAUGGGUUCUGUUGAAGAAAAGAACAAGCCAGGGAGUUUGGUUAGUGGAGCACAUACUCUACUUGAGGAAAUGAAAUUGUUGAAGGGAAUGCAGGAUCAUACUGGAGGAGGAAGGAAGCAUAUUAGUUCUGAGUUAUGGCAUGCUUGUGCUGGCCCACUUGUAACUUUGCCUCAGGUUGGAAGCCUUGUGUAUUACUUCCCACAGGGGCACAGUGAACAGGUGGCGGUUUCCACAAAUAGAACAGCAACUUCACAGAUACCUAAUUAUCCAAAUCUUGCUUCUCAGUUGUUGUGCCAAGUUCACAAUGUUACCCUGCAUGCAGAUAAGGAGACAGAUGAGAUCUAUGCCCAAAUGAGUCUCCAACCUGUGAAUUCUGAGAAAGAUGUCUUCCCCAUUCCAGACUUUGGGUUGAAGCCUAAUAAGCAUCCAACUGAGUUCUUUUGCAAAACUUUGACUGCCAGUGAUACAAGCACACACGGUGGAUUCUCUGUUCCUAGAAGAGCAGCAGAAAAGCUGUUCCCACCCUUGGAUUAUUCGAUGCAACCUCCAACGCAAGAGCUUGUUGUACGAGACUUGCAUGAUAAUACUUGGACAUUCCGUCACAUAUACCGCGGGCAGCCAAAGCGACAUCUUCUCACAACCGGAUGGAGCAUGUUUGUUGGAGCAAAACGCCUUAGAGCUGGUGACUCUGUUCUAUUUAUCAGGGAUGAGAAGUCACAGUUAUUGCUGGGAGUGAGGCGUGCUAACCGUCAGCAAACUUCAUUGCCCUCUUCAGUUCUGUCUGCUGAUAGUAUGCAUAUUGGAGUACUUGCUGCUGCUGCCCAUGCUGCUGCUAAUAGAAGCACAUUCACAAUAUUCUACAAUCCUAGGGCAUGCCCUUCAGAGUUUGUCAUUCCUUUGGCCAAAUAUAGAAAAUCUGUUUAUAACACACAACUGUCAGUUGGUAUGAGAUUUGGAAUGAUGUUUGAAACUGAGGAAUCGGGUAAACGCAGAUAUAUGGGCACUAUUAGCGGCAUUAGUGAUUUGGAUCCACUGAGAUGGCCUGGUUCCAAGUGGCGGUGUCUUCAGGUAGAGUGGGAUGAGCCUGGAUGUGGAGACAAGCAGAAUAGAGUUGGUCCAUGGGAAGUUGAGACACCAGAAAGUCUCUUCAUAUUUCCUUCCCUGACUGCAGGCCUCAAACGACCUUACCAGUCUACCUUUUUGGGAGCACAGACUGAGUGGGACAGUUUGAUGCAGCACCGCCCUUUCAUGCGUGUUCCUGAAAAUGUAUAUGGGGAUCUUCAAAGUUCCUCUAUCUCAAAUCUAUGGUCAGAACAGCUAAUGAAGAUGCUGAUAAGACCUCCUCCUGGCCUUACUGGUCUUCAAUGCGGUGUUCCCUCAGUACAAGACAUUAAGGUUGCGCUACCUCAGGAAGCUAGGAAUGUUAUACAGCCAGCAGGAAACCAAAAACCUGAGCUAAUUACUGUAGAAGCUACACCUGCACAAAGUGAAACAAAUUCGGAAGUCAUCCUUAAUCAACAUGUUGGUGUUGUGAACUCUAUUUCUUCACAACAAGCAACUCUGCAGGCGAAGUCUCAACCUCCAGAAAAAGUAGAAACUGACGUUAUUGGAAAAAGUUCCGAGCCAAGAAAAGAAACUAGUAAUUCAUCAGUUAAGUUAGAUCAGUUUCAGUGUAAUGAAGACAAAGUGACUAUCAAGCCUGCAAGUCCCCAUGAUCUUCCAACUGAUGCGAGUGCGACAGCUUCCCACCAUAACAGCUUUUCUCAAUUACAAGCUAGUCCAUGGCUCAUUCCUCAUAACCCUCAAAUUGAUUCUGCUGGUUCCAACAAUAUCCUUCAAUGCCCCACUACUAAUGAGUGGAAUCUGUCCUCUCUCCAAUCUGCUGCUGGAUUGCUCAGAUAUCCUGUGUCGACCUCCACUUUGACAAACCAUGACAAUUCUUUUAUGCUGCCUGAUACUAUUGGUCAUGGAUUAGCUCCAAUUGGCCAGGAUUUGUGGGAUCAUCAGUUGAAUGAUGUUAAGUGCUUUUCCCAGACAAACCUUCAGGUUCCACUAGACAUAACUAACAUGCAAUUCCUACCUGAUUCUUAUGGUUUUAAAGACCUGUCAGAGGAGAGCCAUAACCAAAGUGAUAUAUAUAGUUGUCUUAACUUUGAUAGCAACAGCGGGAGCACAGUGAUCGAUAAUUCUGUUUCGAGCACAGUGUUAGAUGAGUUCUGCAAUUUGAAGCAUACUGAUUUCCAGAAUCCUUCAGAUUUUCUAUUAGGCAACAUCAGUUCUAGUCAAGAUGUUCAAUCUCAAAUUACAUCAGCCAGCCUGGCAGAUUCUCAGAAUUUUUCUGUACAAGAAUUUGCUGACAACUCGGGUGGUGCAUCAUCAAGCAAUGUAAAUUUUGAUGAAUGUAAUCUUUUGCAGAAUAGCUCAUGGCAGCAAGUUGCUCCACGUGUGCGGACUUAUACAAAGAUUCAGAAGACUGGAUCUGUAGGAAGAUCAAUUGAUGUCUCCGGUUUUAAAAAUUAUGAAGAACUGCGGUCUGAAAUUGAAAGAAUGUUUGGACUUGAGGGGCUUCUGAAUGACACUCGAGGCUCAAGCUGGAAGUUGGUAUAUGUGGAUUUUGAGAAUGAUGUCCUCCUUGUUGGGGAUGAUCCUUGGGAGGAAUUUGUUGGAUGUGUUCGAUGCAUCAGAAUUUUAUCGCCUACUGAAGUCCAGCAAAUGGGAGAGGAAGGAAUGCAGCUACUGAACUCUGCUGGAUUGCAAGGCAUAAAUGGCUCAGCAUCAGAAUUUCCAAACUGAGCUCAAUACAAGUGAUCUAUGAGAGUUCACAGUGAUUGAUCACUAGAGUUGCAUGGAGCAACAUGCAAAUGUAAUGUUGUUGAACAACUUAAGAAGAAGAUGAUUCACUAGGUUUCUGUUAUAUUAGUGUUGUAAUUUAUGAGUGUUGAUGACUCUGUAAGAAAACAGCUUUAGCAUAUUGAACUUUGCCUUCCACGUAUUAGAGUUGUUUUCAGCUGCA